UGGUGCAAUAUCAAACCUUGAUGUAGGGGUCAACUUUGCUAAAUACGAUUACUGUGGUUUUCCGAACAUAUAAUCAUACGUACUACUAUAAACUAGGGCAUUUUCAACUGUAAACAAAAACUCGAACUGGAGAACGAAAAUUCACCUUUCGAAAGAACGAUCGUCAUGUCAAAUCUCAAACUUUUCAACAAAAGUUCAACCUUUUCUAUAUAAGACAAAUGUCAACUAACCUUUUUCCUCCAAACCAAGAGAUUGUGGGUUGCUAAUAUUUAAUACUCCAUAUAAAUAUCAAUAUCAUAUUACAUGUAUAUAUGCAGGGCUGUACGUGACAGAAACAUAAGACCCUAAGUUAUUAAAUAUGUUGGGAGCUUUAUUAUCUAAUCUAUUAAAAUAGAAGUACAAAAAUAAAAUAUGCAUGCCACUAAAAAUAUUACUCCAAAAUCAAAUUUCUAAAUAAGAAGUUAUGGCAACAAUAAUUAAUAAAACUUUUAUUAUUCUGUCUUUUCCUAUUUUAUUAGAUAUAUGUGUGUUUGGAAAUAAAUGUAUUUUGUAAUUAAAUAUAUACAUUCUAUGGUAACUAUUUUACUAAUUCCAUAAAUACAUAAUAAAUGGGAUAUACAACAAUUUUAUUAUACGUUAUCGUAAAAUUUUGAUCCGUAAAAAUUAGUAUAUCAGCACUUUUAUUUUACAUUAUCAUAAAAUUUUGAUCCAUAAAAAAUAAAAAAUAUAUUUGUGUGAAUAUACAUGUCAUAUUCUAAAAAUAUUGAUGAUCUAGUUGAUGGUUUACAAAAUAAAAUAAAAUUACUCAAUAUAAAAUAUAAAAUUAUUGUGUUUUGUCAUAUUAAAUAAUUAUUUAAGCGGAUAAUUUUUAAAAUAUAUAUUAUCACUUAUACAAGUAAAUAUUUAUUUAUAAAAAAUAAAAAAAUCAAGCACUAGCAGAUUUUCUUAUAUAUGCAGUUUUCCAUUUUCCUUUUUGAAAAUGUGUUCUAUGAAAAAUAUUAUGUUUGUAUAUGUGUGUGAGAGAAUUUGUAAAAGUGAAUCUUGUCAGCACCUUGUCAAAUUAAGAUUAAUUUUCUUAUUUAUAAUCGUGGUGUCGUGAAUUGAUUAGUUGUUUUUAUAAUAAUCGAUGUUAUUAUGGAUAUCGAAACUUUAAACUAUUCAAUUUAACUUGCACCAACCAUAAAAAAUUUCUCUGAGAUAAAAUGUAUAAUUAAGACCCAGGAAUGAGUCUAGUCGUACAGUGUUCUUGCUGUACUACUUAACCUCGUCCCUAAUGAACUACUAUGAAAUAAGCUAACACUAAUGAAUACCUGCAGGUUAUUUCGAUUAAAUUUAAUUAAGACCAAGCAUUAUGCUAAUCUAUAAAAAAAUUCAAGGAAUCGGAAUCUCAUGAUGCAUUAUUGACUGACUUAUUUACACUAUUAAUUAGUGAGUGUGUAAACUAUACAAAGCGGUUAUAUGUCCAUAUGUUUUCUUGGACAUAUAUGUAAUCAAUGAGCAAUAUGCACAAAUCUGAUAUAGUACACAUAACAAUAUAACUAUAACCAUGAACCCAUAUAAUAAGUUAAUAAUCCUGCAAUGGUGAUCAUUAAAAAAAUAGUCAUCCUCUAUUGUUUUCCUCACCCUACGAGAAACCGUGAGGUCAAAGAUAAACAGUGAAGUCUUCUGUUAAUUUCUGAAAAUUGAUGAACUGAACUCUCUCUAACUCUCUCUCUCUAGAAAAAUAUAAGUAGGAGUAAGAAUUUUCUCUCGCUAAAAGCAUUAAUGGACCUUUCGAUAAUCAUAAAUGCAUUGCACCCUCUCUAUGCAUUUUGCAAUAACUGCGUUCCCUUCUGCCACAUCCUAACGUCACCCCUUUCUCUUCUUCCUCCUCUCCUUGGUUCCUUCUUCAGCAAAUUCUCCAUUUGUUUAUUGAAAGAUAAUUCUCAAUUUGUUUCUUUAAUUACAAAAAUUCUCCCAUGAUUAUCCUUUCUGAAUCAUAACAUCUUGCUGGUUUUAAGAGAAUCGUUUGAUAACCACCGGUUAUGUCUUGGCUGGGAUAUAAACCGGUGCUCUUUUGAUUUUCUCAUAUCUCCAAGUCCGUCUGUUUUUCUCCACAAGAAUAUAUUUAAAAACUAGGACAGACUCCGCAGCUAGGGUUUCACUGUGUGUCCAAAGAAUUGUAAGGAAAUCAAAAGCUCAAGAAAACUCCAAAACUGAUAUAGGGAUCAAUACUCAUCAUGUAUCAUCCAAACAUGUUCGAGUCUCAUCAACAUAUGUUCGAUAUGACCCCAAAAGAGUCCGGCAACGACUUGGGUCUUACGGGGAGCCGAGAAGACGAUUUCGAGACCAAGUCUGGAGCUGAAGUCACCAUGGAGAAUCUUUUAGAAGAAGAGCUUCAAGAUCCUAAUCAGCGCCCCAACAAAAAGAAGCGUUACCACCGACACACGCAACGCCAGAUUCAAGAGCUUGAAUCGUUCUUUAAGGAGUGUCCUCAUCCUGACGAUAAGCAAAGAAAAGAGCUGAGCCGAGAGCUAAACUUAGAACCUCUUCAAAUCAAGUUUUGGUUCCAAAACAAGCGCACCCAAAUGAAGGCACAACAUGAGAGGCACGAUAACUCGAUUCUGAAAGCAGAUAACGACAAGCUCAGAGCAGAGAACAAUAGGUACAAGGAUGCACUAAGCAACGCAACAUGCCCAAACUGUGGUGGUCCUGCUGCUAUAGGAGAAAUGUCAUUCGAUGAACAGCAUCUAAGGAUUGAAAACGCACGGCUACGUGAAGAAAUCGAUAGAAUCUCCUCCAUAGCUGCUAAAUACGUAGGGAAGCCAUUGUUACCUCAUUCCUCACCUUCCACUCAGCUUACUUCUUCACACUACAUUCCCUCACGCUCCCUUGGUCUUGAAGUUGGUAACUUUGGCACUAAUCACCAGACAAGUUUCGUAGGAGAAAUGCAUGGGACAAGCGACAUUAUGAGGUCGGUUUCUAUCCCUUGCGAGGCUGAUAAGCCUAUGAUUGUUGAGUUAGCGGUUGCAGCCUUGGAAGAGCUUGUGACAAUGGCUCAAACUGGUGAUCCCUUGUGGGGUUUAAAUGAUAAUUUGGGUGAGAUUCUCAACGAAGAAGAGUAUUUUAGAAUGUUCCCUAGAGGUAUUGGACCGAAGCCUAUUGGUUUUAGAUCAGAAGCUUCAAGAGAGUCUACAGUCGUUAUCAUGAAUCAUAUCAAUCUCGUUGAGAUAUUAAUGAACGUGAACCAAUAUUCUAGUGUGUUUUGUGGGAUUGUAUCGAGAGCGUUGACGCUAGAAGUUCUAUCAACUGGCAUCGCAGGGAACUACAAUGGGGCACUACAAGUGAUGACAGCUGAGUUCCAAGUCCCAUCACCGCUUGUCCCAACACGUGAGAACUACUUUUUGAGGUACUGUAAGCAGCAUGGAGACAAUACUUGGGCGGUUGUUGAUGUCUCUUUAGACAACCUACGACCGAGUCCGAUCACUAGAAGUAGAAGAAGACCCUCUGGUUGUCUGAUUCAAGAAUUGCAAAAUGGCUACUCUAAGGUGACAUGGGUAGAGCAUAUGGAGGUGGAUGAUAGAUCAGUUCACACCAUGUAUAAACCAUUGGUUAAUACCGGUUUAGCUUUUGGUGCGAAACGUUGGGUGGCUACACUUGACCGCCAAUGCGAGCGGCUAGCUAGCUCCAUGGCCAGCAACAUUCCAACCGGUGAUCUUUCCGUGAUAACAAGUCCUGAGGGGAGGAAGAGCAUGUUGAAACUAGCAGAGAGGAUGGUGAUGAGCUUCUUUAGCGGAGUAGGCGCGUCUACUGCACACGCAUGGACGACAUUAGCCACCACAGGAUCCGACGAUGUCCGGGUCAUGACCCGGAAGAGCAUGGAUGAUCCAGGGAGACCUCCGGGUAUCGUCUUGAGCGCGGCUACUUCGUUUUGGAUCCCAGUGGCACCUAAACGAGUGUUUGAUUUUCUCAGAGACGAAAACUCUAGAAGCGAGUGGGACAUACUUUCAAACGGAGGCUUGGUUCAAAAAAUGGCUCAUAUAGCAAAUGGUCGGGAUCCUGGGAACUCUAUCUCCUUGCUACGAGUCAAUGACACGAACUCAGGACCGAGUAACAUGUUGAUCUUACAAGAAAGUUGUACGGACGUGUCAGGAUCGUAUGUGAUAUACGCACCAGUCGAUAUGACGGCUAUGGACGUUGUCCUUAGCGGUGGAGAUCCAGAUUACGUGGCUUUGUUACCAUCCGGGUUUGCUAUAUUGCCUGAUGGUGGAGAAGGAGGAAAUGCUAGUGCCGGAGCUGAAGGAGGAGGAAAUAAUCGUGUGGUGGUUAAUGCCGGUUCACUACUAACCGUAGCGUUUCAGAUAAUUGUUGACUCUGUUCCAACCGCUAAACUCUCUCUAGGGUCAGUGGCUACAGUCAAUAGUCUGAUCAAAUGCACCGUCGAGCGGAUCAAAGGUGCGCUGGCAUGCAAUGCGACGGAGCUUGAUCCAAGUUAUUCAUUGAAGGGAGGUUUAGGAGUUUUUUAAUGGUAAUAUUUGUGUUCUUGUUCUAAUAGUCGUGUGAGAUUCUCCAAAGGAAGUCAAGAACGCACCAUUUUGCGUUUAACCUCAUUGCGCGUUUGUUUACGGGUGGGCCAAGAAGAGGUUUGAGAAAGAAAGGGUAAAGAGGUUCGGGUAUUGACUUCUGCUGGAAACCAAAAAGAAAAAGAAACGGUUGUUGUGGUUCAGGCGGUUUAGUGUUUUGCGUUUUCUCUGUUAUUUAUUUUAUUAUUCACUAGCGAAACAUGUUAGCGUUUUUGCGUAUUGCGUCUACUUUCAAAGUGUACGCUGCUACUCUUUGUUAUUAUUAAGCCAAUCUUGUAGUACUGGUGUUAUAAGAUUGUUUAUGAAACUGUGUUUAUUA